AUGGAGGUAGAUAGCGACGUUCCAAUGCGCGACGCGGUCGACGAACCACUUGAUCCUACGUUGGAUGAAGAUGCUCGCGCUUUUCCAGCAGUGUCUGAGGGAGAGACGUCUGGAAUAGCGGAUCACAAGUCGAACAAGCCGUUGGAGCUCACUAAGGGCAGCAUAGGCCAGCUGGACAAGUGGAUUGAACAUUUAGGGAAAUGCCAAAUACUUUCAGAAGAAGACGUGAGUUCCCUGUGUAAAAUGGCCGUUGACGUGCUUCAGUUUGAAGAGAAUGUCCAGCCGGUGUCAGUGCCGGUCACGAUUUGCGGUGACGUGCACGGUCAAUUCCACGACUUGAUAGAACUUUUCAAGAUUGGCGGUCCUUGCCCCGACACCAACUACCUAUUUAUGGGUGAUUAUGUCGACAGAGGCUACUACUCGGUGGAAACAGUAUCUUAUCUAGUCGCCAUGAAGGUGCGAUACCCUAAGAGAAUUACCAUUCUAAGAGGCAAUCAUGAAUCCAGGCAAAUUACCCAAGUUUACGGGUUCUACGAUGAAUGCUUGCGUAAAUACGGCAGCGCAAACGUUUGGAAAAUGUUCACAGACCUUUUCGACUAUUUUCCUAUCACUGCAUUGGUUGACAACAAAAUUUUUUGCCUGCAUGGCGGUCUUUCGCCGAUGAUCGAGACAGUGGAUCAAGUUAGGGAACUGAACAGAAUACAAGAAGUGCCUCAUGAGGGCCCUAUGUGCGACUUGCUUUGGUCCGAUCCUGACGACAGAGGCGGUUGGGGAAUAAGUCCAAGAGGAGCCGGCUUCACUUUUGGUCAAGAUAUCAGCGAACAGUUCAACCACACCAACGACCUCUCGCUAAUCGCGAGAGCACAUCAACUUGUAAUGGAGGGUUAUGCUUGGUCUCACCAACAAAGUGUUGUGACCAUUUUCAGCGCGCCAAACUAUUGCUAUAGAUGCGGCAAUCAAGCCGCCAUCAUGGAAGUCGACGAAAAUCAUAACAGACAAUUUCUACAGUAUGAGCCAUCCAUGAGACCCGGGGAGCCUACGGUUAGUAGAAAAACACCCGAUUACUUCUUGUAA